AUGCCAAUGUCGCCAUCUGAUUUCCUGGAUAAGCUAAUGGGUAGGAUGUCAGGCUACGAUGCAAGGAUCAGACCAAAUUUCAAAGGCCCUCCAGUCAACGUCACAUGCAACAUAUUUAUAAACAGCUUUGGAUCCAUUGCAGAGACAACCAUGGAUUACCGAGUGAACAUCUUUCUCCGUCAGAAUUGGAAUGAUCCACGCCUCGCAUACAGUGAAUAUCCAGAUGACUCUUUAGACUUAGAUCCAUCCAUGCUGGAUUCAAUUUGGAAACCUGAUUUGUUCUUUGCUAAUGAAAAAGGUGCCAACUUUCAUGAAGUUACAACAGAUAAUAAGUUGUUGAGAAUUUUCAAAAAUGGAAAUGUACUUUAUUCCAUCAGAUUGACUUUAAUAUUGUCUUGUCCGAUGGAUCUCAAAAAUUUUCCAAUGGAUGUGCAAACAUGUAUAAUGCAGCUGGAAAGCUUUGGAUACACAAUGAAUGAUCUCAUUUUUGAAUGGCAAGAAAAGGGAGCAGUUCAAGUAGCAGAAGGUCUCACUCUGCCACAGUUUCUGUUGAAGGAAGAAAAGGAUUUAUGUUACUGCACCAAGCAUUACAAUACAGGAAAGUUUACAUGUAUUGAAGUUCGAUUUCACCUUGAGAGGCAGAUGGGUUACUAUCUCAUCCAGAUGUAUAUACCGAGUCUCUUGAUCGUCAUUCUCUCCUGGGUGUCAUUUUGGAUCAAUAUGGAUGCAGCUCCAGCCCGAGUGGCUUUAGGCAUAACAACUGUACUGACCAUGACAACACAAAGCUCAGGUUCACGAGCAUCUCUUCCAAAGGUGUCAUAUGUCAAAGCGAUUGACAUCUGGAUGGCUGUGUGUCUGCUCUUUGUAUUUUCUGCACUUUUGGAGUAUGCGGCUGUAAACUUUGUGUCAAGGCAGCAUAAAGAACUUUUGCGAUUCCGCCGCAAGAGGAAGAAGAACAAGGUAAAAGUAACAAGCCCUUCCACUGGCUUUCAGUCACUAUCUAGAAUAUUACUGUCUGGCCAUAGCAACACAACUCAGUUCAGCCAUCUUUCGAAAUUAUCAUCUGACCACAAAGAUGAUGACGUAAGGGAAAGUCAGUUUAGUUUUACAGCAUAUGGAAUGGGCCCAUGUCUGCAAGCAAAAGAUGGAGUGACACAAAAGGGGCCAAAUAAUCCUGUUCAAGCUGCACCAAAAAGCCCUGAUGAUAUGAGAAAGGUAUUCAUUGACCGGGCCAAGAAGAUAGACACAAUAUCCAGAGCUUGUUUCCCGUUAGCCUUUCUGAUUUUCAAUAUUUUUUAUUGGGUAAUUUACAAAAUCAUCAGGCAUGAGGACAUUCACCAAUAG